AUGGGGCUGACCCAAUUGUUCUAUUUGUAUUUAAUUGGAUAUUUCAGCAUUACUCUAGUAUUUGCUAUCGAUAGUGAUAUUAAGUGUAAUGCGACUGAUACGGCGAACGUAGAGUACGAAUUUAGUACUGAUGUAAUCAACAGUGAACAUAUAAUUACAUUCAAAGCCUAUUAUGCGAGAGGUACUCGAGAAAAUUAUGUGAAAUCUGCGUUAAAAAAUGCUGGUAUAUCAAAUUAUACAAUUUUGCAACGUAAUAAUCCAGCGAAAGAGUACCCGAGUGAUUUUGAUGUUAUUGCCUUUGGAGAUGACAUGAAAGAUGGUAUAGAAGCUCUCCGUGAUCAUCCUGCUGUGCGACGGGUCACAGCUCAGAGACAAGUUCAGCGAACUAUUAAGUUUGUGAAAGAGGAUGAGUGUGGGCCAAAUGGAUGUUUGUACUCGGGAUGGAGAAACCAUAAACGUCGAAGCCGUGCACUUCAUUCUCUUAGGCAACCACGAGAGAACGACGGAUUUUCGUCUAGAAAACUAUUGAGGACAGUUCCACGACAGAUCACAUCAGUUCUAAAAGCAGAUCUAUUAUGGUCGCUUGGUGUUACAGGUGAAGGUAUCAAGGUAGCAGUGUUCGAUACGGGCUUGGCUCGUCACCACCCUCACUUCGGGCGAGUAAAAGAGCGUACCGACUGGACUGGGGAAAACACGCUAGACGACGCGCUGGGUCACGGGACCUUCGUAGCUGGUGUCAUUGCAUCCAGGGCCGACUGCCUCGGCUUCGCCCCUGACGCUGACUUACACAUAUUCCGCGUUUUUACCGACAAUCAGGUAUCUUACACGUCAUGGUUUCUCGACGCCUUCAAUUACGCCAUAUUAAAGAAGAUCGACGUACUCAAUUUAAGCAUCGGAGGGCCGGACUUCAUGGACCACCCUUUUGUCGAUAAAGUUUGGGAACUGAGCGCUAAUAAGGUAAUAAUGGUGUCGGCGAUAGGCAACGACGGGCCAUUGUACGGAACUCUAAAUAACCCCGCGGAUCAAAUGGACGUAAUUGGCGUCGGCGGGAUAGGAUUCGAUGACCGUAUCGCCAAGUUCUCAUCGAGAGGAAUGACCACUUGGGAAUUGCCGGACGGCUAUGGACGUAUGAAGCCGGAUAUCGUUACGUACGGAAGUGGGGUGCGUGGCUCCAGUGUGAAUGGUGGUUGUAAAUCACUUAGCGGGACUUCAGUAGCGUCCCCGGUAGUAGCGGGAGCUAUAGCGCUACUCGCAAGCGGUGUUCCACGCCAGAACUUGUCACCAGCCUCGGUGAAACAAGCGCUCUGUAUCACCGCACGACGUUUAUCUGGCCCCAACAUGUUCGAACAGGGCCACGGGAAACUGGACCUCAUCAGCGCUUAUCAGUUUCUCCGUGAAUACGAGCCGCAAGCCAGUCUAAGUCCGCCAUACAUUGAUCUAACGGAAUGCCAGUACAUGUGGCCGUACUGCACCCAGCCACUGUACUACAGCGCUCAACCGACAAUAGCGAACGUCACCGUCAUUAACGGCCUCGGUGUGGCCGGCAAAGUUACCAAAGUAUCCUGGCAUCCACAUUUGCCAUAUGGAGGCAUAUUGUCAGUUGCGGUAGAUUUUAUUGAUAUUCUGUGGCCCUGGUCCGGCUGGUUGGCGAUAAGCUUCUCGGUCCUCGAAAGUGGCGCUAACUUUGACGGCACUGUCGAGGGUCAUGUUAACAUCACUAUCGAGAGUUUCGAUGUGGUCUUCGAUUUUGUUAUGAAAAAUACUACUCUAAUGCUGCCAAUACGAGCUCGUGUCAUCCCUGUCCCUGUCCGAGGGCGUCGUCUUCUCUGGGACCAGUUCCACAGUCUCCGGUACCCUGGUGGUUACUUCCCCCGUGAUGACCUAAGAGCUAAGCACGACCCCCUGGACUGGCAUGCUGACCACAUCCACACGAACUUCAGGGAUAUGUACCGAAGGUUGAGAGAGCACGGAUUCUAUUUGGAAGUUAUGGGCAGUCCUUUAACAUGUAUCGACACGUCUUUAUACGGCGCAUUACUUCUCGUUGAUCCUGAAGAUGAGUACUUUCCUGAGGAGAUGGCAGCUCUCAAGAAAGCUGUGGACUCUGGUCUUUCGCUCAUAGUCUUCGCUGACUGGUACAACGCCUCUCUGCUGCGUCAUGUGAAAUUUUAUGACGAAAAUACGAGACAGUGGUGGAUUCCUGAAACGGGAGGAGCAAAUGUUCCGGCUUUGAACGAUCUACUCAGUAUGUUUCAGGUGGCUUUAGGAGACCGUGUCUUCGAAGGGACGUUCAAGCUCGCCGGUCAUCCAAUGUACUACGCAAGUGGAACUCACAUACACAGUUUUCCGGAACACGGUGUUUUAGUUACAGCAAAGUUAUCAGAUCAAGGACAACAGAUAAUGUCUGGGGAAAAGGGCAUUGGGGGUGGCGAUACGACUGGAGGUGGAAAGAAAGUAGACGUGCCUAUAUUAGGAUUGUUGCAGACAGAGAGCGAGUCUCGUGACUAUACAAACGACACUAACACUAAGUUACCUAGGGCUGGCAGACUAGUCGUGUACGGCGACUCAUCCUGUUUAGAAGGUGGUUCUGCUCGACCUUGUCACUGGUUGAUGUUGGCAGCGCUACAAUACGCACUAGUGGGGCAUGUACCCACUUCAUUGAGGGAAGCCGCUGCAACUAGCCAUCAUCGUGAUGUUCAUAUCAUACCCUCGGAUUUGCCAAAACGGGCUGAAGGCGGUCGUCUUCAUGCGUAUUCAAGGGUCCUCUCGCCUGACGGUAGCGGACCCCGCCCAGUACCUGAAUGCAUUUCUCCUACACCAAUGAACCCUGAACCAGUACACGCGCCACCUUCUGCCAGGACCUUGGCCCCCCGUCACCAACCCACGGACCCUAAGAGCAUAGCCGCUCCAGACAUAGAGGGCACUGAGCCAGCCCCUCGCGCAUGGAGAGGUGCGGGUGCUGCCCCUUCCCGAUCAAAAGCUGAUGAGGAAGAGCCUUCAAGGUCCACCUUCGCCAGCCGCAUUCUCACUCUAUGCGCCAUCGUCUUCAUAGUAUACUCUUUACAUGCCUUCUGGAAACGAUGCGGUCGAAAAAUCCGAAGAAGAAAAUUGAUCUCUUUAGCCACCUAGCAUAAGGCCAGAUCGUCCAAACGGACAUUCAGACAGGAAAAACGUGGAUAGAAAAGGCGUAACGCCUAAAUAGGCGUAACGAAUAACUAGAAACGUAUCUAGAUAGGCGUAACGCCUGCCUUGGCGUGGUGUAGUCCAAUUUGUGGGACGCUGAGUGAAUAUGCCUCCAUAAGUAGAAACAAUAAAGACUGUAAUGUUUUACAGUAAUUUUACUGUGAUACUGUAAAACUGUUUUAGUUUUAUUUAGUGACAAGGCAUUCGAUUAUUGUAAAAAUGAUGUACGAAUACUAUGUUAAAUGUAAGUAUGUAAAAUAGAAAUGCAAUGGUAAUCUGAGAAUGUGACCAAUUUGAUAUUUAUUUAUAUAAUAAGUAGUAAAUGUUAUAUUGUUUUAAUAAAGUUAUAAAUAUAUAAUG